AUGAGAAAACCUUCUUGCUCUGUUUUCAUCUUCUUACUUCAUUGCUUGAUGAUCUCUUCAACUUGGAGUGAGACUGAUAUCACCACUGACAAACAUGCACUUCUUGCCUUUAAAUCCUUCGUCACUUUGGAUCCAUACAAUCUGUUGGCCAACUGGUCGGCGUCUUCUUCUCCAUGCAAGUCGGCGUCCUCUUCUCCAUGCAACUGGCUAGGAAAUCUCUUAUUUCUUGCUGAACUUGAUCUCAGUAACAACAAUUUUCGUGGUCAAAUGCCAAAAGAACUAGUUCAAUUACAUGGAUUGAAGUUCUUUAACUUGAGUUACAAUGACCUUCAUGGACACGUUCCAACAUGGAUAGGAGCUUUAUCUACACUUCAACACUUGGAUCUUUGCAAUAACAGUUUUAGUGGAUUUAUUCGGCCACGUUCAUCCAAUCUAUCAAGGUUGGAGACUUUGCAUUGGAAAUAUAAUUUCACUGAAGGGACCAUUCCACCUGAGAUAGGAAGUCUAGGUAACUCGAAGAUUUUACGACUUGCAAAGAACAGGCUUUCUGGAGCAGUCCCACGACCACUUUCCAACUUGUCUUCACUUGAAAGACUGAGCUUGUCUUAUAACAUUUUAUCAGGUGUCUCUUUGAUAGUUGGAGGCGUUCCCAAGGAGAUUGGUAAUCUUCCACAGCUACAGCUACUAUAUCUUUCAAAUAUUCAACUUUCCAACUCUAUACCAUCCGCUAUAUUUAAUAGUUCAAUGCUACAAUUCAUUGAACUUGACAACAAUAACCUCUCUGGUAGCCUUCCAGUAAAGUGCAAAGAAUUAUCAGAGUUAAAUCUAGGCAAUAACAGAUUCAAGGAAGGAAGCAUCCCAAGUGACAUUGGAAAUUUGACCAACCUCCAAUACUUAUAUCUCAGCAACAACAGCUUGCAAGGAUGGUCCAUACUUGCAGCUGUAAUUGAUUUGCUAAACAUGGGAAAACUUGCUUUCCUUGUUUUCAUUCUCUUCCUUCACUACUUUAUGGCCUCCUUGGCAUGGAGCCAGGGAAAUUCCACUGUCGACAUAUCUGCACUCCUUGCUUUUAAAGCAUCUACUUCGGAUCCAUACAAUCUCUUGGCCAACUGGUCUACUCUUCUUCUUCUCCAUGUGAUUGGGUCGGUGUUGAAUGCAAUACACGCCACAGGGUUGGAGAUCUUGGAUUGGAAUUCCAACUUCAUUCAAGGAAGCAUUCCACCUGAGAUAGGAAGUUUGAAGCACUUGAAGAUGUUACAAAUUGCAGGGAACAAGCUUUCUGAAACCAUUCCACCGACAAUUUUCAACUUAUCUUCACUUCAAAAAUUGAAUUUGUCUCAUAAUACUCUGUCAGGAGAAAUUCCAUCAUCUCUCUUCAGCAAUUCUUCUUUAAGAAUAUUACGUUUAAGACAAAACGGUUUAAAUGGGAGUAUACCAACUCUUGGGAAUCAGACAAUGCUGGAAACUUUAGUUCUAAAUAACAACUCCUUUUCAGGUGAAAUUCCUCAAUCUGUCUACAGCACACCUUCUUUGAGAAUAGUUGACUUUACCUAUAACCGUUUAAAGGGUAAUUUGCCAGAAGAUAUGUGCUAUAAACUCCCUUUACUUGAAGUUUUUGAAGUUGCUUUUAAUCAUUUUGAUGGACGCAUUCCAAAGUCAAUAAGUAACUGCACAUAUUUGCGAGGCUUAUUUUUGGAUCAGAACUUCUUUUCAGGUCUUAUACCCAAGGAGAUUGGCAAUCUUGAUAAGCUUGAAGAUUUGAUUUUAGUAACUAAUCAUUUCAGUGGAUCCAUUCCUUCUCAUAUAUUCAACAUUACGACAUUGAGACGUGUCUACCUUCAAGAAAAUUUCUUUUCUAGCUUUCUCCCAUCAAAUUUAGGAAUUGGCCUUCCCAAUCUGCAGGAACUAAUGUUGGGACAAAAUCAAUUUAUUGGACAAAUUCCAAUCAGCAUCUCAAAUGCUUCUAAGCUCACUAUUGUAGAUCUAUCAUGGAAUAAGUUUAGUGGAGAUAUACCCACUACACUUGGGAAUCUAACAAACAUGAUCGCAUUAUAUUCUGAGGAGAAUGAUUUGAAUGGGAUGAUUCCAAGUACAAUUAAUGGACUGCAAAGCCUUCAACAUUUAAGUCUUAGCAACAAUAGAUUGCAAGGGUCCAUCAUAAAUGAAUUGUGCCAAAUCAGAAGUUUGAGUGAAUUGUAUCUAGCCGGCAACAUGUUUUCAGGGAUGAUUCCAAAGUGCUUCACAAAUACUUCUCUGCGGAGGUUAGAUUUAAGCUCUAACAAAUUGAUUUCUCAUAUUCCUUCUUCGCUUUGGAGUCUUGAAGAUAUGUUAUUCUUAGACUUAUCCUCCAAUGCAUUGGGUGGAAGAAUUUCUCCUGAGGUGUCAAACUUGAAAGCAAUUAUACUUUUCAAUUUGUCAAGAAAUCAAAUUUCAGGAAACAUCCCGACAACUAUGGGCAAUUUGAAAACAUUGCAAAAUCUAUCUUUGGCUCAUAACAAACUCCAAGGGUCUAUUCCUGAAUCAUUUAGUGGCAUGAUAAGUAUGGAAUCCUUGGAUCUCUCCCAAAAUUAUUUGUCUGGAGUGAUUCCAAAGUCCUUAGAGUUACUUGUCCAAAUGGAGUACAUUAAUCUUUCAUACAAUUUAUUGCAUGGAGAAAUUCCAAAUGGUGGGCCUUUUCCUAAUUUUACAUAUGAAUCUUUUAUGAUGAAUGAAGAUCUUUGUGGGGAGCCCCAGCUCAACGUCCCUACAUGCAAAAAAGGAAACAAGCACAUCUCAACUAAAAUAAUGCUUGUCAUCAAAUGCUUAUUGCCUAUAGCUUCUGCAAUCAUUUUGGUUGCCUCAUGCCUAAUGUUUCUUAAGUUUAAGAAGGGUCAUGUUAGUCAUGAGAUGAGUAAUAGAGACUCCUUAAAUUUGGAUACAGUGGCUAAGAUAUCCUAUUAUGAUCUUUUGCAAGCAACAAAUGGGUUUGAUGAGAGUAAUUUUCUUGGCAAGGGAAGUUUUGGAUUAGUCUACAAAGGAAUUCUUUCAGAUGGAAAGAUAGUUGCUGCAAAAGUAUUCAACUCAAACUUGCAAGAAGCAUUAAGGAGUUUUGACAUUGAAUGUGCUGCCAUAUGCAAUUUACGUCAUCGAAACCUUAUUAAGAUCAUUAGCAGUUGCUCAAAUGGUGAUUUUAAAUCUCUUGUAAUGGAAUUCAUGCCAAAUGGAAGUCUUGAGAGAUGGUUGUACUCCCAUAACUAUUGUUUAGAUAUAGUGCAAAGAUUGGACAUAAUGAUUGAUGUGGCAUCAGCGUUGGAGUAUCUUCAUUAUGGUUCUCCUAUCCCAGUGGUCCAUUGUGAUGUGAAGCCGAGCAACGUUUUAUUGGAUGAAGAUAUGGUGGCCCAUUUAAGUGACUUUGGAAUUGCCAAAUUGCUAAUUAACCGUCAAUCAGAAAUUUAUACAGAAACUUUGGCUACAGUUGGUUAUAUGGCACCAGAGUAUGGAUCAAAAGGAGCAGUUUCAAUGAAAGGAGACGUAUACAGCUUUGGUAUUUUGCUUAUGGAAAUGCUUACAAGGAAGAAGCCAACAGAUGAGAUGUUUACUCAAGAUCUGAAUCUGAAAGAAUUUGUUAGCAAAUCAACGCCACAUUCAAUCAUCAAUAUUGUAGAUGUCAAUUUGCUGCACACAAGCAACCAAAAAAUUGGUAAUAUAUUGCUGCAUAUAUCAUCAAUUUUUGAGUUAGCCCUAAAUUGUUGCGAUGAUGCACCUGAGGCAAGACCUAAUAUGUCAGAGGUUGUGGUGUCACUGGGAAAAACCAAGGUCAUAUUAAUGCAAAAUAUUCAAGGAACCACUAGCUUGUUGGAUAAAUGUUAA